CGCAGAUAGAGGCUCUUAUCUCUCCCACCACCGACCAACGAUUGAUCCUCUUGCCAAUUCAAAUGGUGGAGAGAUGCUGGUGGGCUAACUAGAUGUUCUUCAAGUCUCUGGACCUAACUACUGCUCUCCGCCCCUCACUAUUACCCGAUGAGACUUUACUGUUUGUCCAGGAUGCGGUGGGGUUGUACGAGGGUAAAUACAAGAUCCCAAACUAUCAGAAUGGCCAUGCCUACCUCACAUCCCACCGGGUUUGCUACAUCGCCGCGGAUGAAUCGAGGAAAUAUUCGGUUGGAAUUGACUUGAAAGAGAUUGAUCGAGCGGACUAUCAGGCAAGGUUUCUCAGAUCAUCUCCAAAGGUCACGCUGUACCCAAAACCCCCCAAGAAAAAUCUCAAGAAAUCUCAAAGCGCAGCGGCUAGUCCAUCGAUACCACAAGCCUCAAAUCUGCAGACGGGAAAGUCGUUGUCUUCUCUUCCCCAGUCGCUUGCGUCCCAGCAGAAAUCGCCGUCCCCAAAGCCUGUAAACGCGACUUGGAUCUGCCCUAUAUGCUCGUUUUCCAACCCCGUUCCUUCAAACUUCGACCCAGCCACGGCUACGGCAUCAACUCAUCUACCUCCUUGCUUAGCGUGCGGUAUCAAACCUCCAUUCACAACGGUUUUAAAGGCUGCCAUAACGGCUGCAAGCAGUCACGAAACCACCUUACCGGACAUCGCUCCUCAUUUGGGUGUAGAAACUCCUCUUUCCGUCGGUGGAACUCAACCUCCACCGGCCCUGAAAGCUGGUACUUCAGUAUCAUGUCCUCGAUGCACUUUCAUGAAUCACCCCUAUCUCCAUGAAUGUGAAAUAUGUGGCGCCCCUUUGACUUCUAUAGGCCCAUUAGGAGCUCAUAACGAUGAUCAGAACCGUUCAGAAUCACCGGCUCCAUUUUUUGGGCAAAGCAGUAUAAAAAACACAGAGAUAACGGAGAGCAUCAAACUGUCGUUCCGCGGAGGCGGAGAGAAAACCUUCCAUGAAAGGCUGAAGGACGCGUUGGUCCAAAGAAAAUGGCUACUCUACGAUGCCCCGCCCGUGCCCCAGCCAUCGAGGUCUACGCCCUCACCAAGUCUAACAGCGGCUGUACCUACCGAUGGCAACUUGGCUACACAGGCUCGAUCCCCUGGUGCUGGAAUUGCUGGUCUUGAGAGACGAGGACUUGAAGUCCGCAGGAUUAAUGAAUUUGUCAUUGGUAAUGCUUUUGAGGAUCUCGAGGCCCUGAUGGCUUCCGCAAAGCAGAUUGUUGCUCUUGCGGAGACGUUGGGUAGGGAGUCGGGCAUGGCAAGCGAUGAAAGCUCAGCAGAGGCCAGUGCUGUCCUUUCAGAAUCUGCUGCUGCCUUGGGAAUGUCGACGACAAAAGACAUGCUCGGGUCUGGGGCAGAGAAUCUGUAUCUGUCUGAACUCUCUCGAAACCUGGCCGAGUACCUCACCGAUGACCGAAAGGGAAUCUUGCUGAGGGAAGGCGGUAUCAUGAGUCUCAUUGACCUCUGGGCAAUCUUUAACAGAUCCCGAAAUGGAGUUGAGCUUGUCAGUCCUUCAGACUUCCAGAAAGCAGCGGAGCUAUGGGAGAAGCUAAAGCUGCCGGUCCGUCUGCGUCGGUUUAAGAGCGGCCUUCUUGUUGUUCAACGGUAUGGCUGGAGUGAUGAGAAGACCAUUCGGCAGCUGCAAGAUUGGAUGGAGGAGCUUCGACAGGUUCAACCAAGCGAACCAGUUCCUUGGGACUGGCGCCUUUUCGGGCGUGCUGUGACUGCCCAAGAGGCAGCACAACGGUUCAAGUGGAGCGUAGGAGUCGCAGCAGAAGAACUGGAAAUGGCUGAGGAUAAAGGGGUCCUAUGUAGAGAGGAGGGCAUCGAAGGCCUAAGGUUCUGGAGCAACCAUCUUACAUCUAGUUUAGACUUGGGAGAUGUGGGUGAUCUGGGUGUCUCUGCCCUUGCUGUUUAAUUGAGCCUUGUAGUAUAUUUAUGAGUACCAUCGCAUGAGUAUUAUACAAUGGAGCAUCUGUAAAUCCUUGUUAAAUUCCAUGGCUUUGUUGGAUGAAUGAUGGCCUGAGGCUUCUCCGCAUUCGGUAGUGUUCUCGGUCCG